AAGACUUGUAGAUACAAAAAACAGGAACAAUUCCUUAUUAUAUUAAAUGUGAAACUGAAGUUCAGACAGCUGAAAGUGCGUACAGUUACUGAAGGGUCGUAAGAAUGUAAGCGAAAGCUCCAACAGUGUUGUCCAAGAGGAAAUGGACGAGAUCAGUCCUUUGUUGGGCAACCAGCCACAGGAAGACCCAGACCUUUUGUCUCCAAACCUGAGACCUAGACACCAGGAACUGAUCCCAACACCAUGUGGACCGAUAAAGUCCUGGUCAGAGCUGUCGGGCAUGGUGAAGGUCUACUUCUGCUUCACCAUAGUGUCUCUGAUGGCGGUGCUUGGCCUCACCAUAUCCAGCAUCUACAAGCAGCGCAUGACCACAGAUGUUUCUGACGAGGACAACUUCACUGUCUCACUUGUCCAGCUGAUUGGAAUCUUGUUCUGUAUCUACUACAUCAGCCGUGGCGUGCUGCAGGAGAACAGGCAGGAGCUGGUGGCGUUCGUGCUCAGUGUGUUGGUGGUCAUGGUCCGAUCGGUGGUCAACUUCUCUGUGCUGGGGUCAAAAGGCAAACAGGAACUGCUGGUUCGCUUUGUGUGCAUCAUGUGUCUGGGUGUGAUCCACGUCCUCUGCACCACUUUGCUCAUCCAGAGGCCCAACAUGAUGGCGUUCCGUGUGGGCGGGGCGUUGGAGAGGCUGCAGGAGCAGUACUUCCUGCUCAACCUCUGUUUCUCCAUGGUGACCUUUGACCUCCAGGCACAGUUGUGUCUGUGCAUCCUGAUCACGACGUCGGACUCGGCCAUGUCUGCUCGCAGCACCAUCAUCCUGGCCGUCGGAGUGGUGUGGGCCUGCCUGACCGCUGCUGUCGGGGCUGUUGCAGUUUUAAAGGAAGCCAGAGUGUUGGUUUGGGCCUUCAUGGUGCAGAACCUCCCUCAAGUUGCCUUCUUUGUUUAUCUGAUGUACACGGUGAUAGAAAAGUGGUUCCACGACAGCACGUACACCCUGGAGGCAGCCGCUGUCACUGGAGCUUUGAUUUCACUGGUGAUUAAAGCGGUUUUAUUCUGGGGCCUCAUCAAACUGGUGCACAGCUUCGGCCAAGGCCUGCGGGAGAGAAUGUUUGCACCCAGUAAGUGAUAAAACAUCUGCGUGGUCGUGGACGAAGAACACAGCUGCUUGAUGAAAGACCCAACGUGAAGAUAAACCCACCAGAUGUGUCACCUUUUUUCUUUUUUUUUAUAAAGACUUCUAGUUUUACUUUUUAACGGUUCUCCAUCAAUGUGCCUCUCUACAGCCAUAAGUCAGUUCUAAGAUGCACUCUUUAAUGUUUGUGUAAAAUCAUUAAUUACCUUAAUUCUUAUUUUUACUGUAAUAUCUAUGCGCAUUGGUGUUUGUUAGCUCUAUGUGUAGGCACCAAAGAUUGUUGUUUUAAGUGGCCAACAUCCAACUUAUGAGGUAGUUUUUUCUUAAGUAGGUUCCUUCCUGGAAAUAACAAUCAAUGUUGGCUCACCUGCUUUUUAAAAUCUUAAUUGUCUAACUUAAAUAUUGUGAUCUACAUUGUCUAGACUACUUCUUUGGGCAACACUGUAAUAUUUUCACUGAGAUGUUUUUUAACUGUCUGCUGCACUUUAAUGCACUUACUCUAAGUGUUUUUUCACUCAAGGUUCUUAAUAAAAUAUAAA